AUGGCUAUAGGCGCACCGAGGCGCCAAAGGUAUGUUCCGGCUCUAGGCACGAGGCGCAAGGUCAAUCCGAGACUUAUGCAAGAGUACGAUCAAGUUUUCAUAUUAGCUCUCACGAAGUCAAAGGAUGCUACGGAGAAAGCUAUAAAAAACAAAGAAGAUACUUCAGUUGUUCGAGUGGUUGAUAUGACAUGUGAAGCAUUAAGAAGAUUUGGGGCGAUGAAGGUGCCCCCGAAGAGAAUUUUGAAGAUGCUGGCUGGACUCUUUGACCAUGAAGACGCAAAUGUUCAUGUUUCAACAAAAGAUUUGACGCUUGAGCUGUGCAACAGGAUUGAGAUAGAACGACUGAAAUCAAGAAUAUCUGAGGAGGACAAGGUGCCACAGCAAGAAGCUGCGUAUGAAGUUGAAGGCUCUAAUUCUAAAGAAUCUGCUGCAGAUGCUCCUCUGGAAAGUGAUGAUCCUGUUGAUAUAUUGGCUCCUCUGAAGAAUACACGAUUUUGGGAUGGAGUGAAAGCUGCUGAGUGGUCAGAGCGAAAGGCAGCUGUGGCUGAGCUAACCAAACUGGCUUUGACUAAAAGGAUAGCUCCUGGUGAUUUCACAGGAAUCUGUCAGGCACUCAAGGAGCUUAUUACAGAUGUGAACGUAGCUGUUUCAGUUGAAGCUAUUCAGGCAAUUGGGAAUCUUGCUGGGGCCUAAGAAACCAUUUCUCUGGAAACUCACGCCUCUUAUUACCAGUUUUACUUGAAAAACUCAACGAGGAGAAGUCUUCUUUAACUGAGGCACUUAAUUAGACUCUCCAAACAAUGCAAAAAUCCGAGUGUUUAGAUCUUGCACAUGUUCUUGAAGGCAA